AUGGUCGUAGCUGCUAACCUUCCUCCCUCCCGUCCGGUUCACAAACUACUCUGCUAUCUCGAUCCCUCACGCGCUCUACACCCCAUCAUUUUCAUCACCAGUUUCGCUAUGUCUUUUACAAGCCCAAAGCUUUUGCCCACCAGGCAGUUAAUCACUCCUCCGGAUUCUCCUCGCAAACGCCGUAGGACCCUCCGGGACUCUGAAGAGACAUAUGGAGAACUUUCGCUGGAGAGUUACCUCCUGGCGAGUGAUCCCUACAGGAGUACAAACCUGCCAAACCCGCUCCCUUAUCCAUUGUGUCUUAUCCCCUCUCCCGCCUUGGCUGAGGCCAUCCAGCCUAUAGUGCAGGAGGUAUUCGCUCUACUUCGCAGACAUGGAAUUCCCGAUACGGUCACUGUUCAAGCUGUCACGCUCACAAAGCCAUUAUACCCAGGGGGCGACAAGCCAUUCAAUGUACUGCGAGUGGAAAUGCCAAGCGACAGUCCUAGUCUUCAUUUCGGCCCGGUGAAAGACGAGAUCAUCCAGUUGCUGCAGAGAAAUGCUAUACAAGACGUAUAUGUGGAGAUCAUAAAUCCUACGCUCCGCCAACAACCCUCGUUUUUCUUCCUUGCAGGAACGGACACAUUGGCAGUAUCAUUCCAACAAGCGAAGGCCUCCCUCAUAACGCUCUUAGAUAGCACAAUCCCGCGGCGCUGGCAUCUGUUAUGUCCUUUUAAUGUUGGAAAUUCAGAACACAAGGCACAGCCAUCCAUCGCGGUGAUUGUCGAGCCCAGCACUAUUACAGAUUGGGCGAGACUACGAGAGAAGAUGGUCUCCCUGCUAAGAAACUUCAAGCUAAGCGGUCAAAUCGACGUUGAGUUCGUCCCGGGAGACCUGUCCCUAUUAGGUAACAGCGCGGUAUCAUUCAUGGGUCGAAUGAAGCCUACACCAGUGAUGGGUUACUCUGUUGGGAUCGUGGGUCAGAACACUGCAGGAACACUUGGCGGAUGGGCCGAGCUUACACAUAAUGGAGUUGUCCACCGGGGAUUCCUCACUAAUUACCACGUUAUCCGGCCAUCGUUAUCGGAGCAGAUUGAGCAGAAUGAGAUGAUAGGCAAAGAUACUACCAGACUCCGCACAAUAUUGAGUACACGACAGAGACAGAUCGACGAUCUUACAUGGGAGAAGAACCUAGUGCAAGGGAUGCCGAUUGUGCUUGGUCAAGUGCUUGUCACGUCAGGGGCAUCUAUCCUAGGCAAACGGCUAAUGGACUGGGCGUUCAUUGAGCUUAGCGAUGAAGCCCAGAAACUGUAUUUUGGGCCAAAUUCAACAUUCGAGGUCCCACGAAACCAACAGCCUAGUGCAUACUGGAAGGAUCUACCCAACAUAGCGUUGCCCGUCGGUUCAACAGUGACAGAUUUUGGGAAUUUGACCAAGCUAGGUUACUGUGCCAAGAUCGGGCGAACUACAGAGAUCACGGCUGGUAUCUGCAAUGGGGUCGAGGCUGUUUGUCGGUGGAAGGGCCAUAUCAGAUAUGACCAUAAUGGCCAAGAGAUGAUCUUAUCAGACAACUCAACUGAAGAGUAUAUCAUCCUUCCAAAAUACUUUUCCAAAGAGUCCACAUUUGCCGAGGAUGGAGAUUCUGGGUCAUUCAUACUGAAUGAGCUUGGAGAAGUUACAGGCCUGUUGUUUGGUGGUGCAAGCCAUAAUGCGUCUUUGGCCGGACUGGCAAUGAGUUUCGAGGAUGUUAUCACAUCGAUGAAAUUGAAGCUUGGAGACUCGAUUACUCUUAGUCUUCCAGCUUGA